AUGGACCCUGCAGUUGAUGCUUGGAAAGAGGGCCUCGCACACCUUCUAGGACCUAUUACGACGUCUGUAAUCCUCUUAAUGAACAUUUUAAAUGCACUUCUUAUUUUGACAACACAUAUGUUGAUGACUGGUCUCACAUUAGUUGCCUUAACUAAAUUAUGCUCAACGAGCUUAAGUAAAUCAAUUCCCCAAAAAUCGAGAGCAAAGGCUUUUAGGCAUUUUGAGAAUGCAGAUCGCACAUUUGAGCGUAAUGAAGUUACUUUGUUUUUCGAAGAAUUAGACACACGAAUUGACACAACUGCCACAAAUAAUCUCGCAAAUGCAAAAGGAGAUUUGCUCGAGUCAAAACUGAGAGUCCAUGCAUUGAAUAAUAUCAUCAAUCUUGAAUCUAAUGGAGAUCCGAUACCGAACAGGGAAAGUGAGGAAGUAAAUAGUUCACAAACACCGCCACUAAGAUCUCCGCUGAACGACUAUUCCCCUCUUGAGAGUCGAAAUAGACGUCAGAUGUCUGACGAAAAAGUUAUUCACGUUAUAUUGAGCCGUGACAGGGACUUGGCUACUGAUUUACAGAAAUCAGGGGACGAGUUUAAGAUGGAGAUUAUGCGGAAAAUCGAGGGUGACGAAGGCAAUGACUUUCGUCUUACUGCGAAAAAGUUUAAUGGACUUAAUCUUUCGAGAAAGAUAGGGGAAAGGAAAUACAUUGUCCAAAAUGUUUCUUCGUUAUUCAAAUUCUACGAAUCCACGUUUGGAAAUUUGUAUUUCGACUGGAUCGAAACGCAUUCCCCAGCCCCGAAAUUAACAAAAUCACGUACUUACACCGGCAUUGUCAAAGUCGAUGCGAAAGUGUUCGAGUUCUAUGAUGAUAAAGAGAUUUUCCACGCUGAAGUGUCGGGUCCGCCGUCAUCAUCGUCAUCACAACAUGGACAUGCUGUCAACGAUACAACAAAAUCUAUACAUGCCGGCAUAUUGAACCUGAUCGCGAUCUUACUAGAUCACCACCGAGCUCCAAUAGAAUAUGCAAUCAAUAUUAAGAUAUUAAGGUUAACAAUUUGUAUUUUAUUCAAUUAUUAG